CCGAUCCCCGACCGCAUCGUCGCGCUCCUCCCGUACCUCGUCCCGCUCCUCGACGGACUGCGGUACUCGCGAUUCUUCUUCAGCCAGUUCCCCCAGGCCAUCGUGCUGCUCACGCCGCUGCAGCCCAUCGCGUCGAUGUACUUCCGCAUCCCCUUCGCGGGUCUCAUCUCUUUCUUCGCCAUCUACAUGGGCAUGGCCGAGAACCGCACGCUGUCCAGGUUCGUCCGCUUCAACGCCAUGCAGGCCAUAAUCCUGGACAUCUGCCUCGUGUUGCCCGGAAUGGUGGAGUACGUGUUCAGCCCCGGGCGGCUCAGCGGGCUGGGGUUCGAGUUGUACAGGCUGUGCUACAACAGCGUGUGGCUGUUCGUGCUGUUCGCGUUCGCGUUGGCCGCCAUCGGGUGCCUCUCGGGGCAGACGUACCGGCUUCCGUUCAUCGGCGAGGCGGCG